AUGCGAGUCUCGAUCUCGGGCAAGUCAUGGCUGGGACUGAAGGGCUCGCUGUUCGAUCGUUCGGAGGGUGCGACACGUCGACGUGUAAAGUGUGAUGAAGUUAGACCCACUUGCCUUCUGUGUAAAACAUCGGGAUUGGCCUGUGGAGGUUACGGCAAGAACAUCUUCUUUACCUCUGGCGACGACGGCGCACUUGUCCGAGAUGGUAUCCGCUUUCGCCGACUUCUGUUCACUGAGGCAGAACGCAAGGCUAUGAGCCAAUGGCUGAUGUCAAGCGUACCACCAACGCUUGUAUCUAGACAGCUGUCACGACUGGAUGAGCAUUGCGAAAAUGCUGCUCCCUAUGACAGUAUUGAGCUACACUCUGGCCCAUUUGGGGUCUUCAGAGAUAGGCCCGCGCUUGAGACAGGGCCUGAGCUCCCACAGUCUGGGUUUGAGUUAGACUGGUCUAAUGACCUAGACUAUUGCCCAGAAAUGGAGAACAAUCCGGCGUGUAGACCGCCAAAGGAGUCGACACAUCAACUGAGUACGAUUCAGCAAUGGCACGACCCCUACUUAGCUACUAUGCUCAAUGGCUCUUUACAGGAUAUGCUACCCGAUGCAUCCGACAUUUGCAGUAUCCUGGACGUAAACGACCUCGGUACGACCCUACGAAAUCUGAGCGAGGGAAAUUCGGGGAUGCAGGAGCCGGAGUUAUCUCUCGCUGCCCCGAGGCAGGAAGCAUCCAACGGACCAGACACAGUACUACAAAACAUCUUCCCAGCCAGUAUCAUAGAUCUAUGUCGUAUUUCGCAGACGGCAACAAGCCAUCCGUCAACACUUGCAUACGCCCCUAUGCCUGUUCCUGGCGACGCCGUUUUCUUGCUCAAGCAUUAUAGCUCAACCGUGGUCAAUUUCAUAUCCCCUUUUGGGCAUGCCAAAACACCAUGGCAUAUCCUAUUUAUCCCCCAUGUUAAAAGCUGCCUUGCAGCUUUGACGAUGGGUGAGAAUCUAUGCCACGCAAGUCUCACCAUCUUCUUCGGCACCUUAGCUGUUAGUGCGUCCAGUCUAGAAGAGACCAAACAGUCACACUCGAUGUGGAAGGAACGGGCCAAAAUGUACGAAAGACAAGCUCGUAAGCACUGCCAUGCUGCCUUAGAGACUGCGUAUCGUGUGCCAAAAGCGGCUAAAUACAAGACCAUCUUGAUGGCGCUGCUUACCGUUAUCCAUAUGUACACUGUUUUCGGGAGCCAGGACCGCGUCGACUUUUACUUUAUAGAGACCGAGAAGUUCAUUAGGGUCAAGGGUCUCAACCGCCAGAAGUCACGGAAAGUACGCAUGCUGCAUCACUGCUACGCAUUUCAACGCAUAUUCUACGAAAGCCUAUGUAUUAACGACAACAACAACUUCUCACAUCGAGACGCAGUCCAGAGGGCUAUAGCGUCCAGCAAUCUGGCCAUGUACAGCAAGGACAGCGUGUCGUUCCACAUAUCGCGAUGGCGCAAUCUAUCUCAAGAAUUGUGCAAGUCGAAGACACAGGAGGAGGGUGAAAACGAUCUUCAUCUUGAGCGACCGGGUGUGUGGCCCGCUACUUUAUAUCCUGAGAUCUACGGUGUCCCUGAGGUCUUGAUGUGCCUCCUGUCUUGCAUUGUACAGCUUGGCAAGGAAAAAGACGCCAUUGGGCAGAACGGCUCCAGUAUCACAAGUUUCUUGGACCGUGCAAAGAUCUUGGAAAGAUGCAUUGAGCGGUAUCAACGGCAAGACAACACUUCAGCCAUGUGUCUCCCUGAUUCGAACGCCGACGAGCUCGACAAGUUGGCGAAAAUAACCAACGCAGUGCAGAACGCACUCGCGAUCUAUUUUUAUCGGAGAAUCUAUGAUGUAAAUGCCUCGCUGCUGCAGCAUAUGGUGGCAAGUGUUCUCGAUUCACUCAUUCGAAGCCAACGUACGGGCACUGGGGAUGCGUGUGGUUCUUUGGGACUCGUCUGGCCUGCUUUCAUUGCGGCUUGUGAAGCUGAGGAUGCAACCAUACGAAAGGCGUUCACCGAGUGGUUCGAAACCUGUACGCGCAGUAGUGGAUUCAAGACAUUCAGCACCACCGCUAAGACAAUCGCAGAGGUUUGGAGGAUUAAAAGCUCUCUGAAUAGUGAAUCAUCUUGGAUUGAUUUGCUGCGUGCAGGCCCUCAACUGCCUGGCUGGCCCGAAAUGCCUAUGACGGCGGAAUAG